GUGCUACUGCCCACAUAGCUCUCUGCAUCUGACAGAGGAGGAAGCGCCCGAAUAAUUAGGCAAAGGCCUGUGUGUUUCAAGCCUGGGCCUCCGGCUGUAGUUAGCUCACAGACAGACGACUUAACACCCCGUCGAAACCGAGGCGGCAGUGAAAGCGGGAGUCGAGCCGCGGAGCUGUUGUGAUAAGCUGCCCGCAGAUUAGUGAGGUUAGCCGGGAUUGCGCUAACAGGCGGAGCGGCGGAGGGGACGCUCUCGUACUCCCAUUUUGGCUUGUUUCAACUUCCAAACUACAUAAAGACAUCGAGAAACUUUUGUCGACAAGUCAGGAGACUGUGAGGGCUGCUCUCAGCAUGCGGUCGGAGCCACGGGUGUUGUAGGAUGAAGAGCCCGGCGCACCGCACCAGGGACAUCGAGCGGCAAGCUGGCUACCUGAAGCCCGAGCACUGCGCCCCUCCCCCGCCCCGCUCCGGCUCCGACACCAUGUGGUUCAUCCGCGACGGCUGCGGCAUCGUGUGCGGCGUCAUCACCUGGAUCCUGGUGUUCUACGCCGAGUUUGUGGUGGUGUUCGUCAUGCUGCUGCCUGCCAAGAACGUGUUCUACAGCCUCUUCAACGGGGUGAUCUUCAACGGCCUCGCUUUCCUCGCCCUCGCCUCUCAUGCCAAGGCGAUGUGCACGGACCCGGGAGCCGUGCCUAAAGGGAACGCAACCAAAGAAUUCAUUGAGAGCCUGCAGCUCAAACCAGGACAGGUGGUGUACAAGUGUCCCAAGUGCUGCAGCAUCAAACCCGACAGAGCUCACCACUGCAGUGUGUGUAAACGCUGCAUCAAAAAGAUGGACCACCACUGUCCCUGGGUGAACAACUGCGUCGGAGAGAACAACCAGAAAUACUUUGUGCUCUUCACGAUGUAUAUUGCUCUAAUAUCCUUCCAUGCGCUCAUCAUGGUGGCCUUCCAUUUUCUUUUCUGCUUUGAAGAAGACUGGUCAAAGUGCAGUAACUUCUCUCCACCAGCAACUGUCAUCCUCCUCAUCCUCCUGUGCUUUGAGGGUCUCCUCUUUCUGAUCUUCACUGCAGUCAUGUUUGGGACUCAGGUCCACUCCAUCUGCACCGAUGAGACGGGUAUCGAACAGCUGAAGAAAGAGGAGAGAAAAUGGGCCAAAAAGUCAAAAUGGAUGAACAUGAAGGUGGUGUUUGGUCAUCCGUUCUCUAUAGCCUGGCUGAGCCCCUUUGUGGUACCCGACCACGGCAAGGCAGACGUGUACCAGUACAUUGUGUGAAUGCUGGAAAUCUAGCUGGGUUCUGCUGCUCAGGAUUUAGACUGAUUAAUCCUGGUCUGCAUCCUAAUGGUUGGACUUCAAUGAGCGUGAACUCUUCUUCACCACAUCUACAUUUUCUUUCUUUCUUUAUUGAUGUUUCGGAGUGUAUUUCUGUUGGCUGUUACAUUGUCAAAGUACUUUUAAACAACAAAUCAUCUUCUUUUAGUUCUAUAAUUUCCCUAUUGGUGCUGACUGAAGUAAAUGAGGAGUAAGUGUAUAAUAAAAUCCAAACAAGAAAAAAAAUAACCCUCAACAUAAGCAGCACCAGCUUGAUGAGAAACACUUGAUGAGCUUUGGCAAAAUGACUCAGAGUGACUGAGUUCUGCCUUUUCUGGAGUACAGAUUUCUGCAGUAUGUCUGAUCAUUUCCAUUUCCAAGACUAAACAAUGUGAACUCGAGACUGAAGUCCAGCAUGUUGUCGCUCAAAGCGGCGCAACCCGGCUGCCAAGAUGGACGCCGGGUUUUGUCUUCCUGUAAACACUGUUGUGAUCCUGUCACUUCCUCAUUUGCUGUAUUUCUUUUUUGCUCAGUGCUGUGGAUGAUUUUGCCUUGAAACAGUGCAUCGGUGAAUGGAGGCAUCUGCUAUUUUUUAAAUACAUUUCUAUUAUUUUGCCUUAAUGGGACAGUCAGGGUGAGAUUACACUAUUAAACACUAUUUUAUUGA